AUGGCCUCUGCUAGCGAAGACCCUCGCACUCCAAUGGAUGUUGACACUAACGGCGUCAAUGGCAAACAAGAACGUAGCCCCACGCCACCUCCCCAUCGUUCGAACGGCAACACCGCCGAGGCCGAUAACUUCAAGCUGGCCGGUAACAAGUUUUUUAAAGAUGGCAACUACACGCGCGCUAUUGAGGAGUUCACCAAGGCCCUCGAGAUCAGCCCUAACUCGUCCGUCUACUUGUCCAACCGCGCGGCCGCCUACAUGGCCGCUAACCAGUACUUAGCCGCUCUGGAGGACUGUGAGCGCGCCCGCGAGCUCGACCCCACCAAUACCAAGCUCAUGUACCGUCACGCCCGCAUCCUGGUCAGCUUGGGUCGCCCCACUGAGGCUCUCGACGUGCUCUCCCGCGUUGAGCCCCCCGCGUCCGCUACCGACAAGGCCCCCGCCGAGAAGAUGCUCCGUUUUGUGAAGCAGGCUGAGGAGGCGUUGGCUGAGGACCGUGGCGUGUCGAUGGUGUUGUUCUGUUUGGACCAGGCGCGCCAGAUGCUGGGACAGGGCGUCAAGGAGCCCCGCAAGUGGACGUUGAUGACGGCAGAGGCGCACUUGCGCAUGAGUAACGAUAAUUCGUUCGGCAAGGCUCAGGAUAUUGCCAUUGGCAUGCUGCGUGACAACAGCCAGGAUCCGGAUGCGAUGCUGAUCCGCGCUCGCGCCUUCUACGGCAUGGGUGACACCGACCAAGCGCUGAAGCUGCUCAAGAUGUGCCUGGGUUUGGACCCGGACAUGAAGUCGGCCAUCAAGAUGCUGCGCACGGUACAGAAGCUCACGCGCACCAAGGAAGAGGGUAACACGGCCUUCAAGGCCAAGGACUACCGCAAGGCCAUUGAGCUGUGGUCCGAGGCCGUCCAGGUCGAUCCCAAGAACAAGGACCAGAACGCCAAGAUCCUGCAGAACCGCGCCCAGGCAUACAUCAACCUGAAGGAAUACGACAACGCGAUCAAUGACUGCACGGAGGCCCUCCGGUUGGACCCCAGCUACGUUAAGGCACAGAAGGUCCGUGCCAAGGCUCACGGUAGCGCGGGCAACUGGGAAGAGGCGGUGCGCGAUUACAAGGCCGUUGCGGAGACGAACCCGAUGGAGAAGGGCAUCCAGGAGGAGAUUCGUCGGGCUGAGUUUGAGCUGAAGAAGGCGCAGCGCAAGGAUUACUACAAGAUCCUCGGGGUGUCCAAGGACGCUUCCGAGCAGGAGAUCAAGAAGGCAUACCGCAAGAUGGCCAUUCAAUACCACCCCGACAAGAACCGCGAUGAUCCUUCGGGUGAGGAGAAGUUUAAGGAGAUUGGCGAGGCUUACGAGACUCUGAUUGAUCCUCAGAAGCGCGCCUCUUACGACAACGGCGACGACCUCAUGGACCCGGCCGAUAUGUUCGGUCGCGGCGGCAUGGGAGGUAUGCACGGCUUCGGCGGUAUGGGCGGCAUGGGAGGCAUGGGCGGUAUGGGUGGUAUGGGCGGCAUGGGUGGCACCCAUAUCAACAUCGACCCCAGUGUGCUCUUCAACAUGAUGAACGGCGGCGGUGGCUUUGCUCAAGCCGGUGGCCAGCGCGGUGGUGGAGGAUUCCCUGGCGGAUUCUCCUUCUAAGCGUGGCUGGUUGGUCUCUUGAGUAAUUAACUAAGCCCUUGCCUCAUUCAACGACCACCAGAUGUGCAUUACACAAAAAGUCCGUCUACCAUGUCUGCCAUAUUACGAUGCAUCACAGAUAAACCGGGAUGGGUACAUUUCUUCGCGCUUGUGUUCUUUUGGCAUCUCGUUCAUACCACCAUGCAUACAUACCCUCAUCCUCUUGACGUCGUUGUGCACCAUCUACUUCCGACUUCCAUAUCUACGACCACCUCUCAUGCCCUCCACUUUGUGUCCAAUUUCUUAACACACCUCUGGAGUCUUCUUUGCUGCAUGACCAACGAACAAAGCCAUUGCUUAAUUGAACGAUUGACAGCUCGAUCGAUAGACUUUUUUUUUUUUUCGCCUUCUCGCCAUCCUAAUCUUGCGUUCCAACUUUCAG